ACGACCUAUCACCAGUACAUUUACAACCACGUCUUCGACAUCGUAAAUAUUCUAGCAAAAGCAUGUCUAGCGUCGGCAUCGUCGCUGAUCGGCUAUCAAAGCUCUCAAUCGCACCCAGCGCAUCCAUUAAGCAUGCAGUGACGAAUUCGCCAGCAACAUGGCGGGACGCGCUCGUUACUGCGGGCAACACGCCUGAAGGAUUCCAGCUCACCAAAACGCUUGUUUUCAAGCCGAAAACCGCAAAAUCGGCCACAACUGUUCCUGUGGUAGUCAUUGCACGCGAAGAAACGGAAACAAAUUCAGCGGCUUUGGGAAGAAAAUUGAAUUUGAAGGAGUUGCGCCUUGCCUCGCCAGAUCUGUUGAAAGAUUUUUUCGCAUUGGAUAAAGACUCUCUGUCUCCACUGGCGCUUGACGCUACCACAUUCCCUAAGGUCGUCACUGUCCUUGAUACAUCGCUUGCAUCUUCUCCUGGUCCUUUCGCCGUUCACGCGCUUGCCUCUGACUCCACCAUCUUUCUCUCUGGGAAAGAGAUUGCAACAUACCUACGUGCUCUUGUAACUUCGGAAAUUAAUCUUCACGAAGUCGAUUUUGCUGCUCUUAAAGCUGAGGCAGCCGCCGUUCCUGCUGGUCCUACGAGUGCUGCUGCAGCUCCAGAAAAGGCGAUGAGAGAAGAGGGAAAGAUCGAGGGUGCUGUACAGAUUGCUGUCGGUGUGAAAAAGGAAGUUGAUUUUGCUAGCUGGUACACCAAUGUGCUAGUAAAAGCCGACAUGUUGGACUACUACAGUGUCAGUGGAUGCUACAUUCUCAAGCCAUGGUCAUACAGCAUUUGGGAGGUGAUCCAAGAAUGGUUCAAUGCGAGAAUUAAGGAAAUGGGUGUAGAAAACGCUUAUUUCCCCAUGUUCGUCUCUCAAAAGGUGCUUGAACGUGAGAAGGACCAUAUUGAAGGCUUUUCUCCAGAGGUAGCAUGGGUCACGAAAGCAGGGAGCUCAGAUUUAGAGGAGCCAAUCGCGAUUCGUCCAACCUCUGAGACAGCAAUGUACCCCUACUAUGCGAAGUGGAUCAAAAGCCAUCGUGACCUCCCACUCAAACUCAACCAAUGGAAUAGCGUUGUUCGCUGGGAGUUCAAGAACCCACAGCCGUUCCUUCGUACGCGUGAAUUCCUUUGGCAAGAGGGCCAUACUGCACAUCUUACAAAGAAGGAAGCCGACAAGGAGGUGUUGGAGAUCCUCGACCUGUACAGACGCGUCUACGAAGAAUUGUUGGCUGUUCCUGUCAUUCCUGGAAUUAAGUCCGAAAAGGAGAAAUUCGCAGGUGGACUCUAUACGACAACAGUGGAGGGCUUCAUUCCGACGACUGGUCGUGGCAUUCAAGCCGCAACGUCCCAUUGUCUGGGCCAAAACUUCUCACGUCCCGAGAUGUUCAACAUCGUUGUGGAAGACCCUGACGACCCACAGGGUACUGGCCCGAAUGGUGGAAAACUCUUUGCCUGGCAGAAUUCGUGGGGGUUAAGCACACGCACGAUUGGUGUCAUGGUCAUGAUUCAUGGUGAUAAUCAGGGACUUGUCCUUCCUCCACGUGUUGCGAGUGUACAAGUGGUCGUUGUGCCAUGUGGUAUCACUGCGAAGACUAAUAAGCAGGAAUUGUAUGAUCGAAGCGAGGAACUCACCAAGACACUGAGAAAGGUUGGCAUUCGUGCACGGGCAGAUUUAAGAGAUGGGUAUACACCAGGCUUCAAGUUCAAUGACUGGGAACAGAAGGGCGUGCCACUCCGGCUUGAACUUGGUCCUAUUGAUAUCCAGAAGAAGCAAACGCUUUCAGUCCGACGGGACACAGGGGUUAAAGCACCUAUACCGCUCGCGGACCUCGGAACUGCCAUUCCCGAACUCCUAGAGACGAUCCAACGAGAAAUGUACGAGCGCGCGAAAGCCGCUUUCGUGUCCCGCCUUCGUGUCGUCACGAAAUGGGAUGAUCUUGUUCCGACGCUUGAUGGUAAAUGUGUUGCUGUACUUCCAUGGUGUGAGGAAGAGGCUUGCGAAGACGAUAUCAAAGAAAGGAGUGGGCGAGACUCUGAACCACAAGAUGCACGUGCUCCGUCAGCAGGUGCCAAAUCGCUCGCCAUCCCAUUCGACCAGUCGCAAUAUCCGCCGAUCCAACAGGGCGUUACGAAGUGCCCGGCUUGCGGAAAGGACGCCAAGCGCUGGACAAUGUUUGGGCGAUCAUAUUAGCGGCGGAGCUGGUUAAGCGAAAGAAGGCGAAGUGCUGUCCUUGUUGCAUCACCUGUACUGAAAGUUCUUGCUGCUUGUAUUCGUGUAUGACGAUUUGUUGUCGAUUUACUCAUUAGAAACUAGACCAGAAAAUAAAAGAUCGGGGAG